AUGAGGGGAGGAGGUUUGUGGCAACUUGGCCAAUCAAUUACCCGCCGACUUGCUCAGGCUGAUAAGAAAGUUGUGGGACGUCGAUACUUUGCCUCUGAAGCUGACCUGAAAAAGACUGUUCUUUAUGACUUCCAUGUUGCUAAUGGUGGCAAGAUGGUUCCAUUUGCCGGGUGGAGCAUGCCCAUUCAGUACAAGGACUCUAUCAUGGAAUCGACAGUGAAUUGUAGACAGAACGGUAGCCUUUUUGAUGUCUCACACAUGUGUGGGCUUAGCCUCAAGGGAAGGGACUGUAUUCCUUUCCUGGAGAAGCUUGUUAUUGCUGAUGUUGCUGCACUUGCCCCUGGAACUGGGACUCUAACUGUCUUUACUAAUGAGAAAGGAGGAGCAAUUGAUGAUUCAGUGAUCACCAAGGUGCAGGAUGAUCACAUAUACUUAGUUGUGAAUGCAGGGUGUAGAGAUAAGGAUCUUGCUCACAUUGAGGAGCAUAUGAAGGCGUUCAAGGCAAAAGGUGGGGAUGUCUCUUGGCACAUCCAUGACGAGAGAUCUCUUCUCGCCCUCCAGGGUCCUCUUGCUGCCCCUUCUUUGCAACACCUGACAAAAGAGGAUUUGAGCAAGUUAUACUUUGGGGAGUUCCGUAUCACAGACAUCAAUGGAGCACACUGCUUUAUCACUAGGACAGGGUACACUGGUGAAGAUGGAUUUGAAAUCUCUGUUCCUUCAGAGAAUGCAGUGGAUCUUGCCAAAGCAAUCCUGGAAAAAUCUGAAGGAAAAGUAAGGUUGACAGGGCUUGGUGCUCGGGACAGUCUCCGACUUGAAGCUGGGCUGUGCUUAUAUGGUAAUGACAUGGAACAGCACACAACACCAGUAGAGGCAGGGCUGACUUGGGCAAUAGGGAAGAGAAGGAAGGCAGAAGGUGGCUUUCUGGGUGCUGACGUAAUACUCAAACAACUUGCAGAAGGUCCAAAAAUCAGGCGCGUAGGAUUUGUCUCUACUGGUCCACCUCCAAGAUCCCACAGUGAGAUUCAGGAUGAGAAAGGGACCAACAUUGGAGAAAUCACAAGCGGAGGAUUUAGCCCAUGCCUCAAGAAAAAUAUAGCCAUGGGGUAUGUCAAAUCUGGUUUCCACAAGGCAGGCACCAAAGCUAAACUACAGGUACGUGGGAAGGCCUAUGAUGGAGUUGUCACAAAAAUGCCAUUUGUACCAACUAAAUAUUACAAGCCAACUUAA